AUGAGGAUCGGGAACUCCUGCAGCAUCAGGCGCAACAAGGCAUUGAGGAGGAUGUGUUCUGGUGCAAGGGGUGCUGUGAGCAGCGCUCAGUGCGUGCUCACAUCAGAUGCUGGCCCAGACACUCUUGUCGUCCGAACCUCCUUUCGGAGGAGUUAUGCUGAACCUAACGAAGUUGCUGCCGUCAUUUUGGGUGGUGGUACUGGGACUCAGCUUUUCCCUCUCACAAGCACAAGGGCCACUCCUGCUGUUCCUAUUGGAGGAUGUUACAGGCUUAUUGAUAUCCCCAUGAGCAACUGUUUCAACAGUGGCAUAAACAAGAUAUUCGUCAUGACUCAGUUCAACUCAACUUCUCUUAACCGUCACAUUCACCGUACCUAUCUUGGUGGGGGAAUCAACUUCACUGAUGGAUCUGUUGAGGUGCUGGCUGCAACGCAAAUGCCUGGGGAGGCUGCUGGUUGGUUCCAGGGCACAGCAGAUGCUGUUAGAAAAUUUAUCUGGGUACUUGAGGAUUAUUACAAGCAUAAAGCUAUAGAACACAUUUUGAUUUUGUCAGGAGAUCAGCUCUAUCGUAUGGAUUACAUGGAGCUUGUGCAGAAACAUGUAGAUGACAAUGCGGACAUUACUUUAUCGUGCGCUCCUGUUGGAGAGAGUCGAGCAUCUGACUAUGGAUUAGUCAAGUUCGACAGUUCAGGCCGUGUAAUUCAGUUCUCCGAGAAACCAAAGGGUGCUGCCUUGGAAGAAAUGAAAGUGGAUACCAGCUUUCUCAAUUUCGCCAUUGACGACCCAACUAAAUAUCCCUAUAUUGCUUCAAUGGGAGUCUACGUUUUUAAGAGAGAUGUUCUUUUAGACCUUCUAAAGUCAAGGUAUGCUGAACUGCAUGACUUUGGUUCUGAAAUUCUGCCCAAAGCUUUACAUGAGCACAAUGUACAGGCAUAUGUUUUCACUGACUACUGGGAGGACAUUGGAACAAUCAGAUCAUUCUUUGAUGCAAACAUGGCCCUCUGCGAGCAGCCUCCAAAGUUUGAGUUCUACGAUCCGAAAACGCCAUUCUUCACUUCCCCUCGGUACUUGCCACCAACGAAGUCGGAUAAGUGCAGGAUUAAAGACGCGAUCAUUUCACACGGCUGCUUCUUGCGUGAAUGUGCCAUUGAGCAUUCUAUCGUCGGUGUCCGUUCACGCCUAAACUCUGGAUGCGAGCUCAAGAAUACCAUGAUGAUGGGUGCGGAUUUGUACGAGACCGAAGACGAGAUUUCACGGCUACUGUCCGAGGGCAAGGUGCCCAUUGGCGUAGGGGAGAACACAAAGAUAAGCAACUGCAUCAUCGACAUGAACGCGAGGGUUGGAAGGAACGUCUCCAUAACAAAUACCGAGGGCGUCGAAGAAGCUGACCGGCCGGAGCAAGGGUACUACAUCAGGUCUGGGAUCGUGGUGAUCCUGAAGAACGCAACCAUCAAGGAUGGCACCGUCAUAUAG